UCGCCCACACAUCUACCGCCGGUCUGAGAUUUUCCGUCGAAGCUAGGAUCCUCCGUUACCAUUGGCCUCUGCUCUUCUGAUGUAUAGAAAGCUCUCUUUGUUUCCCAGAGCAAAUUAUGCUCGCGACGAAUGUCGCUCUUCCUAUAAAAGAGUCCUGAGGAAUCUCAGCACUGCUGUUGAAAGGUUAGGUUUUUCAAACUCUAACGAAUAUCGACUCGAGGAUUCGUCAUAUAUCUCCAGUGACAUAAACCCUAGAGCAGGGUUUAACAGAAAUGAAGUAAGUGAAAGUGUUGGUGUUCAGACACAGACUCAGAGCUGGAGUUCGAAUUCAUGGCAGGUCCAGUCUCGGAACCUCAAUUCCAACAGCACUUACUGGACAAGCUCUGAUUAUAGAAACGGUGGAUCUUAUUCUUGGCAAUCAGGUAAUUAUAACGAGAUUGAAGAAAUGGUUAAAGAAUUUGAUUCGCAAUGCGAACAAAAUUUUCUCAAACGGGCUCUUGAGUCUAUGGAAUCAUUGGAGAGUAUGGGGCAUUUCUUGGAUUUAGCUAGGCUCUUACGGUUAGCACAGUUAUGUGGAGAACACAACGAUUUUCAAGAAGCCAAGGUCUCUCUUCACGGGAAGAUCCGAGCUUUGGUUUACCAUUCAGAUGCAAACUAUUUGAAGUAUUAUACAGACCUUGUGAUUGAGGAGUUUGAUGCGUUUUGCAGACAAGGGAAUGUUAAAAUGGCCAUGAGUAGUAUUGAUUCGUUGGCUAUUUUGAGUUAUGUUGUGGAUUUACCUAGGCUUUUACGAUUAGCGAAGCUGUGUGGGGAAGUAGAGGCUUCACAAGAAGCCAAGGUUGUUCAUGGGAAGAUUAGUUCAUUGGGUUGCGUUUUAGAUGCGACUUCUUAUCACUUGUUGAUAGAAAUGUACUCCGACUGUGGGCUGAUGAAUAAAGCGUCUUGUGUUUUUGAGGAAAUGCCUGAGAAGAAUCUGGAGACUUGGUGCAUUAUGAUAAGAUGUUUGGCGAAGAAUGGACUAGGAGAAGACGCUAUUGAUAUGUUUACUCGUUUCAAAAACGAAGGAAACAAACCUGACGGUCGACUGUUCAGAGGUGUGUUCUAUGCAUGUGGGUUGCUAGGUGAUGUUGAUGAAGGGUUAUUGCACUUUAGGUCAAUGUUCAAAGACUAUGGCAUCAUCCCUACCAUGGAGGACUAUGUAAGUAUCGUUGAGAUGUUUGCGUUACCAGGAUUAUUAGAUGAGGCUUUAGCAUUUGUUGAGAGAAUCCCCGGGGAGCCAAGUGUUGAUGUGUGGGAAACAUUGAUGAAUCUUUCUCGAGUACAUGGGGAUCUAGAGCUUGGAAAUCGGUGUGCUGAGAUUGUUGAUGAGUUAGAUCCUACACGGUUGGACCAACAGUCAAGAGACGGUUAUCUUCCGGUUAAAGAAUCAGAUGUUGAGAAAGCCAGUCUGAAGAAAAGAUCAGGGUUUCAUGCUCUCGCCGGAAACCCGACUAAUAGGGUGCAUGAAUAUAAGGCUGGGGAUACUAAUCUACCUGAGAACGAUGAACUUUUACAGCUAUUGAGAAACUUAAGGACUCAUUCGGUAGAAAGGGGAUAUGUUUGUCUCACAAAAAUGUCUUUGCAUGAUGUAGACGAAGAGAGUAAAGAGAAUGCACUUCUUGGUCAUAGCGAGAGAAUAGCUUUUGCUCGUGCUCUUCUCAGCACUGGACCUCGUCAUCAAUUCACGAUCAUCAAAAACCUUCGUGUGUGUAUUGAUUGUCAUAACUCGUUGAAGAUUAUGGCAGAUAUAGUUGGUAGAACUGUGGUCAUGCGAGAUGGAAAGAGAUUCCACCAUCUCAAAGAAGGAAAAUGCAGCUGCAAUGACUAUUGGUGAUUAACGAAUAGACAUGAGGAUGGAAAAACGUAAAGCAACAGAGACAGACUUGCAUCAAAAGCAGCAACUUUCCACUAUACUAGAUCAAUCUCAGUUUCUAUCAGCUAUGUCGUGUUGUGUUCAAAAGAAAAAAAAAUCAGCUAUGUCGUGAAUGCUAUAUUAUUCUUGUUGUGGAUAAUAUAUCAACAUGUUUCUGGCUUUUCAUGUUGUCACUUGCUCAAUUAAACAUGUAAAAGAGAUAGUGUUGGAUACGUUUAUUCUGAAGAAAAAUUUACUAUGAUA